UUCACACACUAAAAACCCUUAACCAGAUUCUCUUUUCAUGGCUUCCAUGAGCUUUUCUCCCAUCAGAAACUUCAUUUCGACAGCCAUAGUGGCAGUCUCGGAUAAUCCCGGUAGUAUAAACGAAGGGUUUCCUUUUAGGAGUAGCAACGUUAACGUUACUAGGAAGUGCAAUGUUCGGGACUUGACAGUUACCCAUGUUGCAACCCAAACAACUCCGUUGCCGACAGUUGCUCCGUCAUGGGAAAAAGAAAGUGCGGGAAACCGAAUGAAUCACGUUGCAUGGACCAGUGUGAGGCAGGAGAGAUGGGAGGGAGAGCUGAUUGUAGAAGGAGAAAUACCGUUGUGGCUGAGUGGAACGUACCUGAGAAAUGGUCCAGGCUUGUGGCGCAUCGGGAACUACGACUUCCGCCACCUCUUUGAUGGCUACGCCACCCUAGUCAAGCUUCACUUUGAGAACGGUCGAUUAAUCGCCGGCCACCGGCAAAUUGAAUCGGAGGCAUACAAGGCAGCAAAAAAGAACAAGAAACUAUGUUACCGUGAAUUUUCUGAGGUCCCUAAGUCUGAUAAUUUCCUAGCAUAUGUUGGCGAGCUCGCGAACUUGUUCUCCGGUGCAUCACUGACCGAUAAUGCUAAUACUGGGGUGGUCAAACUCGGUGACGGGCGUGUGGUUUGCUUAACAGAAACACAGAAAGGCUCAAUAGUGAUCGACCCGAACACAUUGGACACGUUAGGGAAAUUUGAGUAUAGUGACACGUUGGGUGGUUUAAUACACUCGGCGCAUCCUAUUGUGACGGAUAAAGAGUUCUUGACUUUGUUGCCAGAUUUGGUGAAUCCAGGAUACUUGGUGGUGAGUAUGAAGCCGGGAACGAAUGAGAGGAAGGUGAUCGGACGGGUAAAUUGCCGGCACGGCCCGGCUCCUGGGUGGGUCCACUCUUUCCCGGUGACUGAGCACUAUAUUGUCGUGCCUGAGAUGCCAUUGAGGUAUUGUGCCCAGAAUUUGCUCAAGGCUGAGCCCACACCUCUAUACAAGUUUGAAUGGCACCCUGAUUCUAAGGCGUUUGUGCAUGUCAUGUGUAAAGCUAGCGGCAAAAUUGUGGCCAGCGUGGAAGUUCCAUUAUUUGUGACCUUCCACUUCAUUAAUGCCUACGAAGAGGUGGAUGAAGACGGGAGAGUGACAGCCAUUAUGGCAGAUUGUUGCGAACACAAUGCCGACACGACGAUUUUGGAGAAGCUCAAGCUGCAAAAUCUCCGAUCAUUCGACGGGAAAGAUGUGCUGCCAGAUGCUAGGGUUGGACGGUUCAUUAUACCGUUGAAUGGGAGUCCAUAUGGAAAGUUAGAGGCAGCAGUGGACCCAAAUGAACAUGGGAGAGGCAUCGACAUGUGCAGCAUCAACCCAAAAUUUCUGGGCCUAAAAUACAGAUAUGCUUAUGCAUGCGGGGCCCAACGCCCAUGCAAUUUCCCCAACGCUCUCACCAAGAUUGAUUUAGUAAAUAAGAGGGCGAAGAAUUGGUACGAGGAGGGUGCUGUGCCGUCGGAGCCAUUCUUUGUGCCUAGGCCAGGUGCAACAGAGGAAGAUGACGGCGUCGUAAUCUCCAUGAUUAGUCAGAAAAAUGGAGGGGGGUAUGCGUUGUUGUUAGAUGGAUCCACCUUCAAAGAGAUUGCCAGAGCCAAGUUCCCAUAUGGUCUCCCAUACGGCUUGCACGGUUGCUGGGUUCCCAAACACUGAACUUCGUUGUUUUCAUCCAUCCUGAGAAAAUUGCCGUGCUUUCCAUGGUUGACUGUGGCUCAUGGAUUGAUAUACAAGAUGAUGUACACAAAGUCGAUGCUCUCCAACUUAUAAUGUUUAUAAUAGUGGUUAAUUAUGAUGGUGUGUGAAUAAUAUUAAUAAUAGUACUAGUAACAAUAAUUGAAACGAGAUGCCGGAGAUCGGGGCUUCAAUUACUUGGGCAAAGUAGUUCGAUCAUGUACAUAUUAGUUUGUUCAUGAAAAAAAUAUAUUAUGGCCUAUAUAUAUAUAUGCAAUGUUGCCAGUUUAUGAAA